CCGGGACACCGGUCUAGUCGUCACACUUUAGAGGCGGCUGGUGGCGUAGUGCUCAGAUCUGCUCCUCAGUAUGAAAAUACCUACAGGUUACCAGCUUCUGGUCAGAAGUUUGAUGUGCAACAGGUGCAUCAGGUGAUUCAGGAUAUUCUAGAAAGUCGACUUAAAGACGUGACUUACGACCGUGACUCAAGUGCCAUGCUGGGGAAAGAAUUAGUCGAUGAAAUACAUCGAGGUGUCAAGAUGUUCCAGUGGUCCCGGUACAAGUUCGUGUGUCAAGUGAUUGUAGGCCAGAGGCUUGGCCAAGAAAUCCGGGUUGUGAGUCGAUGUGUUUGGGAUACGAGCCUUGACAACUUCACCUGCGUGCAGUACAGCAACAAAAGCCUGUUUGUUGUAGCGCACUGCUUUGGAAUUUACUUUGAAUAA